UAUAGUGUGUGUGUGUAUGUGUGUAUAGUGUGUGUAUAGUGUGUGUGUGUAUAAUGUGUGUAUAGUGUGUGUAUAAUGUGUGUAUAGUGUGUGUAUAAUGUGUGUGUGUAUAAUGUGUGUAUAGUGUGUGUAUAGUGUGUGUGUGUAUGUGUGUAUAGUGUGUGUAUAGUGUGUGUGUGUAUAAUGUGUGUAUAGUGUGUGUAUAAUGUGUGUGUGUAUAAUGUGUGUAUAGUGUGUGUAUAGUGUGUGUGUGUAUGUGUGUAUAGUGUGUGUAUAAUGUGUGUAUAGUGUGUGUAUAAUGUGUGUGUGUAUAAUGUGUGUAUAGUGUGUGUAUAGUGUGUGUGUGUAUGUGUGUAUAGUGUGUGUAUAGUGUGUGUGUGUAUGUGUGUAUAGUGUGUGUAUAAUGUGUGUAUAGUGUGUGUAUAAUGUGUGUGUGUAUAAUGUGUGUAUAGUGUGUGUAUAGUGUGUGUGUGUAUGUGUGUAUAGUGUGUGUAUAAUGUGUGUAUAAUGUGUGUAUAAUGUGUGUAUAAUGUGUGUGUGUAUAUUCUGUGUGUAUAAUGUGUGUGUGUGUGUGUGUGUGUGUGUGUGUUUAUGACCCCAGGCAGGCGUCAGCGUGUCAGUAUCUCACUGUUAAAGUCUGAGUGGGAUUAUUUCUCCAAACUCAACCUGCUUCAGGAGAAAUACAGAACCCCGUCCUCAAGACACACCGAGACACAUAAGGUAUUUAUCAGACAUGUGGAUGAGAUGCUGCAGCGCCACCUGCUGUUCAGAAACAGUCUGCAGGAGAAGCUGAGUGGUGAUGAACAGAACCGUGCGCUGGGAGACGCUUUCCUCAAACUCACCACACAGGACAAUUCAGCAUUCUGUGAUGCGUACCUCGGAUACACGGCUGUGCUGGCAACGAUCCUGACUACAGAGUUCUGCAGGGAAUCCAACUGACAAACCAC